AUGACAUCCAAUGGACACCCUUCGUUGAUUACGGUUGUCCCAUUCGACCAUAUUACAUUGUAUUCUGGAUGGUUGGCAUGUGGGGCAAACACCGUGGUCAGAUAUCUGUCGGAGUGGUGCAUGAGACAGUUUGGACGUGUGCAGAUGAUACUGAGGUCUCCGUUUGAGGUUGAUACUGACUCUGUUAACCGCUGGGAGCUCACUGCAAUCUUUGAGGAUUGGGCACAUCAUCUAGUCCCAGAGGAGUAUCGGCGUACACUGGCCACCCAGAGCUGGCACUGUGUAGAUGGAUAUGUGACAUGGUUCUAUCAGAUGUCACAUCCUAUCAUGACACUCGAUGUUCCUAGGCGUCCACCUAGGCCAACACAUGAGGAGCUCUUGGAGAGAUAG